GGAUUUCCGCUUCCGCGUGCUGUAUCGGAGCUACGCUCCCCGGGAGCGGCAUGCUCAACAAUAUCACCGCCGGCGGUUCCGUACACGGUAUCUCCGGAGCGAAGGAUGUGCAAGAUCUGAAGCGGUACGAGAAGGAGCACGGCGUGCUGGGAGUGAAUCUGGGGUCCGGUCUGUCCGCGGGUGGAAGCGUGACGCUUCAUCACGAGCUGAUCAUGACUAUGCCUGGCGCAGGAAGCGCGGGGGUGAUCGGGCAAGGCGAUGACAAACCCGCGAAGCAAAAACGACAUCGGACACGUUUCACACCAGCUCAGCUCAACGAAUUGGAAAGGUGUUUCGCCAAAACUCACUACCCGGACAUCUUCCUGAGAGAGGAAAUAGCUGUGAGAAUCGGCCUCACGGAAAGUCGCGUUCAGGUAUGGUUUCAAAAUCGACGAGCCAAGUGGAAGAAGCGCAAGAAGACGACCAAUGUGUUUCGGUCUUCGGGAUCGCUGUUACCGUCGCAUGGCUUGCCUCCCUUCGGACCGAUGAGCUCCGAUCUGUGCAGCGGAAUGUUCCAUACCCCCGCGGACAGAUGGGGAAUGGGGACAGGUCUCGGGCAAUUGCAGGGCGGCAUGGCGAUGGGUAGUUUCGGGCAGCUCGGUCAACAAAGCACGGGAGGUCUGGGUUCCAGUCUGGGCCUCGGCAACUCCGGACUCCCGAUCAACAGCCCGUCGCAAUCAGUUUACCAUACUAAUUACGGACUCAAUUCUAUCGGCGGCGUUCACGUGACGGCAUCUCGGGGUUCGCCACCGGUCGGCGGUCAGAUGGGUUCGGGCCUGAACUGCGGCCAGGGUUCGCCGGGCACGACUUCCGGUGGCAGCGGGGGUGCCGGCAGCGGCGGGGGUGGUGGCGGCGGCGUCUCCUGCGUCGGUGCCGACGUAAGCGCGAACGAGGCGUCGGACUGGAGAGGCGCCCACAGCAUCGCGGCGCUCAGACGCCGUGCCUCGGACGCCUCGCAACAAUACAGUCCACAACCGCCACCGCCGCCACCCCCAGGACCACCUCAGUACUCCCAUGAUCUGGAGUACAGUCCCGUUUAUUGA